UAGUUUUCAACUGUGUUUUUUGAUUAGUUUGUUGAGUCUGUUUCUGGUGUUCUGUGAAGUGUUUCUCUCUUCUUUUUUUUAAUUUUUUGAUUAUCAUACAUAGGCAGAGCUAGCUCAUGAAUUAAAGUUAUCUCUUUUGUUUGGUGUAAUUUGAUGGGGGUUUGGUGAAGUUUGGUAUGUUGGAAAUUGUUUGAAGGGUUUUGUAUGAGUUGAAUAUUUAUUCUGGGUUCGUCCAAUUGAGGCUCUACAUGUUCAACUUCUGGUUUUGAGCUGGUAUUUCUAGGGAAGAACCGGCUUCGGCUUUGUGACGUUUUUCAAUUGUUAAUUCAUGGUCACUAUGGAUCUAAAAGGUAUAACUUGGGUUGGACAUGUGUACCAGAAGUUUGAAGCCAUGUGCUUGGAGGUAGAAGAAGUUAUGUACCAGGACACUGUUAAAUACGUUGAGAAUCAAGUGCAGACAGUUGGUGCAAGUGUCAAAAAGUUCUAUUCGGAUGUGGUGCAAGAUCUUCUUCCUCCUUCUUCUAUGGAUCUUGUGAAAGGGGCUGCAACCUCCGACUUGGCUGCGGAACAAUAUACUGAUAUUGGGAUCUAUAAAAAGCCAAAAGUAAGUAUGAAAGAAGAGGCUGUGAUGGUUGAUCGUGGGCAAUCUGAUGAUUCACAUGCCACUUAUGAUCUGGACAAGGCUGCAAGCCAUGUACCAUCUUUCCAUGGUUUUGACAUUGAAGAUACUUCAUUCCAACCAUAUUCUGGAAAUACUGCCAAAGGCUCAUGCUCAGGCUCUUACCCUAAGCAAUAUGGUAAUAGGAUUCGUCGUAAAUCUAGACUGGGUGUGAAAAAAAUAUCUAAAGAGGAAAACUUUUCUUUGAGGGAAAUGUUUGGAGCAGUCACUCAUACAGAAAAAGAUCAUAGCCGAGCAUUGUUAUUUUCUGAACUCUCAGAUAAAAAUCAAAACACAUUGUGUGACCAGAGAGAUAUAAGUCCAACCCCCGUUACAGUUGAAGUAAAUGGUUGUAACUGCACAGAAGCAAUAUCUGAUGAGUUUGAAAAUGCAAGCAAGGGUACAUCUGGUGUUGUCACUGAUGGCCAAGGUUGUAAUGAGAUUGAAAUUGCAGGUGCUCAUUCCUCUUGUAAUGAUGUAUUAGCAGAAAUAAACGGCAUUUGUAACAACAAUGGGGUAGUUUCUCUGGUAGGAUCCUCUGUGAACAGGGAUGUUCAGCCCAUUGAAUUUCCUGAUGAGAUCAUCCUUGUUUGCAAUCCAGGACUAGCGGAUGACUCAAAUCCUGAUACAAUUGAGAGUAAUAUUCCUGUUCAACAGGAUUUGGGAAUAAUUCAACAGGUUGAUAAUAUUCAAGAUGAGGAAAACUGUGUUCUGGUUAAUGGAGAUGGCCUUCAUUUCGUUCCUGACAAGGAACGCAAACACAGGCCUUACAAGAAAAAGAUUAGAGAUGCCAUUUCUUCAAGAAUGAGAUCUGGGAGAAAGCAGGAAUAUGAACAACUUGCUACAUGGUAUGGGGAGAAUGUAAAUUCCAAUCAAGAAUGUGCAGGGAGUUCAAUGCAAACUAAUUUAAUGGGGGACAUGAAGAGAUCACCACCUCAGAAUCCCAGUGAGUCGGAUUGGGAACUUCUUUAGACGCCAAUGUUUCAACUUAAUGUAAAUAAUUGCUUCGAAGUCGCUUCUGCAGCCUCUCUGAGCUGAACUGGAUGUUAAUAAUAGCAACGGAGGGUCCAGCGCUAAUAGAAUAUAUGGUGAAGACGAUAAAAUGACAACCAAAUUGGGAAAAAGAGGAAACACCUUUCUAGUAAUAAAGAAAAAAAAAUACUUAAUAGUCCCCUCAAGGGAUGCACGCAGGUUCAUUUACAGGAGUAUGAGCAAUUUAGCCAUUCCACUUGUGAUUGUUAAUUUAAUGCUCUUCUUUUCAGUUAUGCUGUUUUCUGGUCUUUGGAAAGUUUAUGUCCUCUCCAUUCUUGAACAUAAGAUUGGAAAUGCCCAACCAUUUAGAAAAUGGUUGAAAAAAUUCAAAAUCGCAAGAUUGACCGGGAAGAAAUUUCUGGAUGAUGUUUCUGUGCAAGUUUUCACUUGUGCUGUA